GCCCUUUCCCAGCGCAGGCGCAGUAGCACCAGUGCCGUAUCUGCUGUCGCUGUCUUCCGCUCUCGGUCGGGGCUUGCGGCCUCCCUGCCGGCUGUACCGAUGGCGCUGCCGUUGGGUGAGGGGGUGGGCGGGAGCCGGCUGCGGCGGCAGCUGGAGUCGGGGGGCUUCGCGGCGGGCGAGUACGUGAAGCAGCUGUCGCAGCAGUCGGACGGGGACCGGGACCUGCAGGAGCACCGGCAGCGCAUCCAGGCGCUGAGCGAGGAGACGGCGCAGAGCCUCAAGCGCAACGUCUACCAGAACUACCGCCAGUUCAUCGAGACGGCGCGCGAGAUCAGCUACCUGGAGAGCGAGAUGUACCAGCUCAGCCACAUCCUCACCGAGCAGAAGGGCAUCAUGGAGGCCGUCACCCAGGCCCUGCUGCUGCAGGCCGACCGCGACGACCCCGCCCUGGGCGCCCGCCGCGCCGCCGCCGACCCCCACAGCAACCCCUUCCUUCCCCUCUCGGCCAAGGAGGCCGCCGCCAGCGAGGAGGGGCGGCAGCGUACGCUCACCACCCUGCUGGAGAAGGUGGAGGGCUGCCGGGACCUGCUCCCCGAGAGCCCCGGCAAGUACCUCGUCUACAACGGGGACCUGGUGGAGUAUGACGCCGACCACAUGGCGCAGAUCCAGCGGGUGCACGCCUUCCUCAUGAACGACUGCCUGCUGGUGGCCACCUGGCUGCCCAACCGGCGUGGCGCCUACCGCUACGAUGCCCUCUACCCCCUGGAAGGGUUGGCUGUGAUCAAUGUCAAGGACAAUCCGCCCAUGAAGGACAUGUUCAAGCUGCUCAUGUUUCCCGAGAGCCGCAUAUUCCAGGCCGAGAAUGCCAAGAUCAAGAAGGAGUGGCUGGAGGUGCUGGAGGAGACCAAGCGGAACCGCGCCCUCAGUGAGAAGCUGAGGUUGGAGCAGGAGGCCCCGCCACGGGCUGCUCCCCCACCUCCUGAGACCGCCAAUCCCUUUGACCAAGAAGAUGAAAAGGAACCCCCACCUGAGGAAGAGACAGUAGAUUUGUCCCUGGAGUGGAUCCAGGAGUUGCCUGAAGACCUAGAUGUCUGCAUUGCCCAGAGAGAUUUUGAGGGGGCAGUGGACCUGUUGGAUAAGUUGAAUGAGUAUUUGGGAUACAAGGCCGUGAGCCAGCCAGUGAGGGAUCUUCGAGCCAAGGUAGAAGAGCGAGUCAGGCAGCUCACUGACGUGCUGGUGUUUGAGCUAUCUCCAGAUCGGUCAUUACGAGGUGGUCCUAGGGCCACUCGCCGGGCUGUGUCCCAGCUCAUUCGCUUGGGCCAGUCCACCAAGGCAUGUGAGCUUUUCUUGAAGAACAGGGCAGCUGCGGUACACACAGCCAUCCGUCAACUGCGCAUUGAGGGUGCCACUCUGCUAUACAUCCACAAGCUUUGCCAUGUCUUUUUUACCAGCCUGCUAGAGACUGCCAGGGAGUUUGAGACAGACUUUGCUGGCAACAGUGGCUGCUACUCUGCCUUCAUUGUGUGGGCCCGCUCGGCUAUGAGGAUGUUUGUAGAUGCUUUUAGCAAGCAAGUAUUCGACAGUAAAGAGAGCUUGUCCACUGCUGCUGAAUGUGUGAAGGUAGCGAAGGAGCACUGCAAGCAGCUCAGCGAGAUUGGGCUGGACCUCACUUUCAUCAUUCAUGCCCUGUUGGUGAAGGAUAUCAAAGGAGCUUUGCAGAGCUACAAGGAUAUCAUCAUUGAAGCCACCAAGCAUCGCAACUCUGAAGAGAUGUGGAGAAGGAUGAACCUGAUGACCCCAGAGGCUCUGGGGAAACUCAGAGAGGAGAUGAGGAGCUGUGGGAUGAGCAGUUUUGACCAAUACACUGGUGAUGACUGCUGGGUGAACCUUAGCUACACUGUGGUGGCUUUUACCAAGCAGACUAUGGCCUUCUUGGAGGAAGCACUCAAGCUGUAUUUUCCAGAGCUGCACAUGGUUCUACUGGAAAGCCUAGUGGAGAUCAUCCUUGUGGCUGUCCAGCAUGUCGAUUACAGUUUACGGUGUGAACAGGACCCUGAGAAGAAAGCAUUCAUCAGGCAGAAUGCAUCUUUUCUUUAUGAAACUGUCCUUCCUGUUGUGGAGAAAAGGUUUGAGGAAGGGGUUGGAAAGCCAGCUAAACAACUACAGGAGCUGAGAAAUGCUUCAAGACUGAUACGUGUAAAUCCUGAAAGUACAACUUCUGUAGUAUAAAUGAAACCUGUGUGUUCUCUUCAAAAGUCUACAGUGUACUUAUCAAUAAUGUUGUCUAUGAAGAUAUAUUUUGUAAAUCUUUUCCAAAUCCCUGAAAGCUGCAAAAUUCCACCUGCAGCCUUGUUUUAGCUAAAGACUCAUGAACCAAAUCUGGAGACAAGGAAGGGAAAGAAAAAUCAAAUAAUUAAGGAGAAAAAGCAUUGGGGUCAUAUAAUCUUAUAUUGCAUGUCUCCUUUCCCCAUUAAUGGCCUCUGUUGUGAUGUUUUACAUUCUGUUUUGGGUCAAAUAAAAUAUUAGUGAAAUAUCUACAUACUUGUACUACAUAUAGCAGUAAAAUAUAAUCUCUAAUCACAUUUUGAAUUUGUGUGAUUUAAAAAAAUUAACAUAUUCCCGAAGGAGUAUAAUUGCUAGGUUUACUUGAAGCAUUCCAUGAGUGUGGUUCUUUGUGAAGCUCAUCCACCUUUCAAACAUGAGUAAAUUCUAUGGAUUUGCAGAAUUCACGCUCUGGUAGUCUUUAAGCAGAGAUUUGCUUGACAACAAGACAGGCAAUCAGCACUACAGAGAGCGCGUAGUCUCUUCAAAAAAAGAUUCUCAGAUUAAAGAUGUUAUUAAAAAAGAAAAUAUUUCCUUACCUAGUUUAGCAAAAGGGCAUUGUCAACUUAAAAAUCCUACCUCCCUGAAGAAAUGCUCUACCUACUGUUAGAAAGAACACCUAAGAUGAUUGCAACUGAGAUAAUUUUUUAAUGUUAUGUAUUUACUUUGGUUUUCUGCUGACUUCAGUGGGAGCAGGAGUGGGACACACACACGCACACACACCUCUCCUCCCACCCCCUAGUUUAUUGAGCUCUGGGUAUAACUACAUUUCUAUCCCCUAUGUCCCUGUAGAAACCAUAGUACAGAGGGCUUCUUGUUUCAAAACAUAAAUGAGACUGAGUUGUGCGAAUUGGAGGAAGGUCAUCAUUAAAGUACUACUUCAUGUUUAUGAGACUACAUUCCAGCUUCACUUGUGCAAGGGCAUGGAUGGUAGAGACAGGAAGAAACGUUUUUCUUAAAGAGAAUGACGCUUAUGUAGUUCUUAAAAACAGAUACCACAUGGCUGUUACUGCAAAUUUGUUAGUGUUGCUUUCUACAGUACAGUAAUUCAUUAUAAAAAUUACCUGUUUCACUCUUUUUACAACCUUCCCCCUCUUCAAACACCAAAUUAUAGUACAUGUGCUUGAUUACACUGAAAAUCUGAAAUCCUUUAUCCACCCCACAGAUACACUAUCCUGCCAAUGUCCGUUAUCCCUGUUGUAGAAGGGACCACAGCCAGAAAUAAGAUUUUUGAUCUACUUGGUUUCACUACAGAGACUGCCAACUAGAGUGCCAGUUUCAUGGGUAUUUUAUGUAGAUGCCCCUUCACUUGGAUCUGAACAGUGACUACUAUCUCAUUCUAUAUAGGUCUCUGAAAAUAAUUUGCAAUUUACUAUAGACUCAAACCAUUGCCCAGUCUUCUGAUUUUUCUCAGUUUCCUCUUCUUGUAACCUUCUAUCUUCUUAAUCUUGAGAAAACAGUAUUGUUACAAAUAAUUUUGUAUUAGAAUCGUAAUAGGCUCUUACUGGGCAUAAAUGAGAAUCAUACUUGUGCACUUUUAAACUUGUCUCUUUUAAGUGAAACUUCAGCAACUUGUGGUGAUAGACACCUUAUAAAAGCAUGUAGUAGCAAAACAUGUAACUAGUAAAAGCAAGUGAAUAGCUGAUUAUAUAGAGCCAGCCUUUUUUCUACAUUUCCAUCUCUUUAUUUAAUGGCUCGUUCUCACACUGGUGACUCUUGGACAGCACUGAAGUCUCAUGAAAAACACACUGUAAAAAUGCACUCUAAGAACCAGUUCCAUGGUCUAAGUUAGUUGAAAGCAAUUGAAGGCCACUAAAAUAAUUGUAUUUCUUUUAUGCCAAAUUAGGACAAUGAGAGUUACUGCUCAGGCAAAUAUUCCUCUUAAAUCCAUGUUCUGGGGUUAUUUCAUUGCAUUACCCUGAAAAGCAGAAUCCACCAGGGCAGUUUGGUGGGGUUUUUAUUUUUAUAGCUGAUAUGUUCUUUGAAACACACACCAGUGCAUGGUAAAUGAUCAGCCUUAAUGAGUUUGGGAAACAUUUUCAUAUUGGUUAUAAAAGAGAACCAAAGAGCAUCCUUUAUGGUUAUUAUUUUUAAUGGUAAAUAUUCUGUAUCUUUUUUUCCACCCCACUCCUGAAGAUAACACUUUCAUUUAGGAGUACAGAAUAAUUGACUUAAAGCUCAUUUGAAUUUGUCGCAGUUCAACAGACUAAAUAUUAAGGCUCUGAUUCUUCACUGUAUCUGAGGGCUUGCUGUAAGGAGCUGGGUUGCAGCACCAUGAUUCAGAGCUUCCCAAUAAUAUAGAGUAGGAGGGGUGUCCUCUUCUAAUUGAUGCUGUUGUUGCUGCUGAUGUAAAUUCCUUACUGCCAGCAGAGGAUUGAGUGUAGUGGACCUCAGCUCUGCCACAUCCUCUCCUGUUCCUGAUGUGACUCCAGCCUUCCCCUGAUAUGCUCCCUCUUUAUGCCAGAGGUUGGGAAGCACCCGAUAUAAGAGGCAGAAUCUGCCCAGUGGCUUUAGCAGAUCAGAAAGUCCAGGCUUUCAUUUGAUUUUGUUGACCAAAUCUUGUAUUUGCUUGGCUGCUAUAAAUUUACACUAAUUUUUGCAUAUGGAGUUUGGGCUGUCUAAACCACUUUAGGUAUCAUUGAUAUUUUGUACCUUGUGAUUCUGUUUAAGUCACGACUGAGAAUUUAUGUAGGGCAAAAUAAAUUAUGGCUGAGAAAAGUGAUGUAUAAAUUAAAUUGAAUGCACACUUUGUACGCUAAUUGAAAUAGUUAUGAUUAAAAUAAACAUAUUUUGAAAGUC